UAAUGCUAAUAUUAGACAUUACAAAAUGUCUGCAGCUGUGAGACACUUUACAUACUGCCGGCUUUCUCGAUGGAGAAAGUGGCAUUCCCAAAGUCUAAAAGUCCCGUCGAGAUCCUUGAGCUCUGGUGAUCAUGCAGAACUUGAUGAAGCUCAUCAUACUGAGGAUCAAGAGACUUCUGAAAACCAGCCAUACGAUGUGUUGUAUCCAGGACACAUCUCCACUUCUUUUUUUCAAAAGUCACUUUUGGCUUUCGGAUCAGGCAUCGCAUGCUUACUGAACCCAGCAAGAGAUGACAUGAUUUGUGCUUUGGGAGAAACAACAGGUCCCCCAGCUUUGAAGUACAUGCAGAGGAAAAUGCUGGCUGACCCAGUUGGAAGGCAGAUUUUAGAAGACAAGCCAUUGAUCAGUACAGAUACUAUUGAUGUGCCAUAUUUGGGGUCAUUACCAGAAGGGACGUUUGGAAAGGAAUACUGGCAUUUUCUUGAUAAGAAUGGAUUUUCCCCAGAUGCACGCCGACCGGUGAACUUUGUGGACGACACAGAGCUGAUGUACGUGAUGCUGCGGUACCGUCAGUGCCAUGACUUGAUGCACACGCUCCUCGGCAUGCCUCCCAACAUGCUUGGUGAGGUGGCCGUCAAGUGGUUCGAGGCUAUUCAGACCGGUCUUCCCAUGUGUGUCACUGCUGCCCUGUUUGGUCCAGUUAGGCUAGGACCUAAACAUCGUCAAAAGUACACCAACACCUACCUGCCUUGGGCUAUUCGUUCGGCCUACAAUUCCAAAUUUUUGAUGAAUGUCUAUUUCGAAAGGCACUGGGAACAAGACCUGGAUGAACUGAGGAAAGAGCUUAAUGUGGAACCAGCUCCGAUUCCACUGAUAAAGACUGGCAAAAACACUGUGACGAAAUGAGAACUAGUCUCUGAUGGCCGUAUAAAUUUGUCUUUCUAUACAGUAAAUUAAUUUAUACUGUUUUUUCCUUGAUUUUGAAAUUGACAAAAAUUUGAGAAAGUUUCACGCCUCAGUAGUGAAAGGUUUUGGGUCAACCAAAAGGGUUGGUUGGGUCUAUGUCCUAAUAGUAGUGAAAGAUGCAUGGACAAAUAGAUCUUUUUGAAGGGGGAGGGUUGAAGAAUUUCUUUUUAAGUGGCAAAAAGGAAAGAAAGAUUAAUUUAAAUUAAUUUAAUGUCCAUGAUAUUGUCAAAUAUUAUUAUUAUAUUUCUCUGUAACAUGGAUGAAGCUUUAUGCGUGCAUGUCUUUUUCUUGUCCUCAACCUAUUUAGGUUUGGGAAGACGAUACAUGAACUUCGUAGCCUAUUCCUUGAAGAAAUAAUUUCUCAAUUUUAAAAAAAUUCAUAUUCACAUUUCCUAAGCCACGCAGACUUGCUGUAGACUGUAAAUAGCAUAAACACCUGCUGAUCAGUUGGUAUAUGUGAAAUCGGGGAAUUUCAGAUCACUGUUUUCUUUUUUGUAUCACAAUAAAACACAAAAUUCUGUAAAUCAUGAAAA